GUAUAGGGCAGAGAUGAGGAAGGAUGGCUAGAGCUCCUUCUCGACCAAGAAGGAAUGUGGUGGUGCUCGUCAGACUCAAGAGAUGGAUGAGCAGUAGUUGUCCACAGCAGAAAGGAUCGUCGUCGGUGACGGAGAGCGAGCUAGUUCAGGUUGGUCUUCAGGGAGACCCGGAAGGAUUCGUUGGGCUUCUGCGUGUGUGCGCAGAGGAGAGGUCACUAGAAGAUGGCAGGCUUGUCCACGAGCAGAUUCUCAAGUGUGGAUACGGCAGUCAUGCGUUUCUCGGUAAUCUGCUCGUGGACAUGUAUGGGAAAUGCGGGGAUAUGGAGAGUGCCCGUGCUGCCUUCCAGGCCAUCCAGGCAAAGAACAUCUACUCGUGGACCAUCUUGCUUACGGCCUACAGCAAGGGUGGCCACGGGAGAGCAGUACUCAGGCUCGUCCAGGAGAUGGACUUGGAGGGGUUUAAGGCCGAGAAGGUGACGUACUUGGCAGUCGUGGAUGCCUGUGCGAAGCUGUUCGACUUGAACAGAGCCAAGCAGGCACACUCGAGGAUUGUGGAGAGCGGGUGGCAUGCAAAUCUCAACGUGGGAAACGCGCUUGUGGGCAUGUAUGGGAGGUGCGGGGACUGCCAGACGGCCAGGAUGGUUUUCGAAGGUUUGCCUGAGAAGACCGUCGUGUCCUGGAACACUGUGAUAGGAGCCUAUGCUCGGAAUGGACUGGCCAAGGAUGCUCUCCGACUGAUGAAGGCGAUGGAUCUGGAAGGCAUGAAAGCGGACAGGAUCACAUUCCUGAGUCUGGUCGAAGCUUGCACGGGCCUGGGGUGCCUGGCCGAGUCGAGGCUGGCUUAUGCUCGAAUUGUUUCGAGUGGACUCGGCUCCGACGUCGCAGUGGCUGCCUCGCUUGUCAACAUGUUUGGGAAGAGCAGCAGCUUGGCGGAUGCCAAACUCGCCUUCGAUACCAUACCGGAGAAGAAUGUCAUCUCGUGGAAUGUCAUGAUGGCAGCUUACAACCAGAACGGGUGUCCGACAGAAGCUCUUCGGUUGUUUUACGAGAUGACUGAACCGGACAAGGUCAGCUUUUUAUAUGCUCUCGACGCUUGCGUGAGCCUGAAAGCUCUGUCAGAUGGCCGGGACGUUCAUGCGAGUGUCACAAGGCAUGGUUUCGGCUCCGAUCUUGUCCUGGGGAAUGCACUCAUCAACAUGUACAGCAAAUGCUCGAGUCCAGCUGAUGCCAGAAACGUUUUCGACGGGAUGACGGUCAGGGACUCCGUGUCGUGGAACACGAUGAUUGCAACUUACGCCAGGAAUGGUUUUGGAGAGGAGGCAGUGGAGGUGUUUCACGAGAUGGCUCUGGUGGGGAUUCCUCCUGACAAGUACACGCUCAUCAGCGCUCUCGACGGUUGCUGUGGAUUGUCGUGCCCCGACAGAGGCCUGAAAAAAGGCAGAGAGAUUCACAGACGAAUCCAGAGUAUCGGCUUCAUGUCCGACGUAGCGUUACAGACAGGACUGAUCAAAAUGUAUGGGAAGUUUGGAGAGGUGAUCGAGGCCAGGAGAUUGUUCGAUGGAAUGAGUAGGAGAGUUGCUCUCACCUGGGCCAGGAUGAUCACUGCAUACGGACAGAACGGUUUCGGAAACGAAGCCAUCGAGCUCUACAAGCAGAUCGACGUGGUUCCUGACAAGGUGAUAUUCGCGAGCGUUCUUGACGCGUGCUCGAGCGCCAUGAACCUCGAAGAAGGCAAGCGAAUCCACGCAAGGAUAGUGGAAGGCAAGUUUGAGAUAGACACGGUGGUGAACAACACCCUGCUCGACUUAUACGGGAUGUGCGGGUGUCUGGAGGAAGCCAAAGCCGUGUUCCACAGCAUGCAAGAGCAAGGCAGGGACGUGGUCUCGUGGAAUUCCAUCAUUAGAGCUCAUCUCCACAACGAUCAGCCGAAGGAAGCCUUGGGCCUCUUCUUCGAGAUGCAAGAGGCUUGCGGUCCCAGGCAAGACCGAGUGAGCUACGUGAGUGCUCUCGACGCCUGCUCGGCCAUGGGGAGUGACGGCCUCGUCCAUGGCAAAACUCUGCACGGUUUGAUCCUCGCCAACCGGAUCCACAUCGACGUCUACGUUGGCACUGCGCUGGUUACCAUGUAUGGGAGGUGCGGCGACGUGGUGGAAGCCAAGCAGGUGUUCGACGUGAUGCCGAGCAAAAACGCGGUCACUUGGACGUCCAUGAUACGGGGAUACUCGACGAACGGUUUCGCGAGAGAAGCCGUGGAGGUGUUCCAGAAGAUGGAACAGGAGGGCUGCCGUGCUGACAAGAUCGUCUACGUCGCGGUGAUGGAGGCAAGCAGGGGCGUCGAGGACGUGAAGAUGGCGGCGAAGAUCCACAGCCGGCUUUCGGAGCUGGGGUGGUGCUCGGACUCGGCCAUCCAGUCGUCGCUCAUCGCCAUGCACGGCAAAUGCGGCAGUGUGGAGGCGGCGAGGCGGGUGUUCGACGCCAUGGAGGAGAAGUCACGGGGAUCUCCGGCUUGGAAUGCCAUGACCGCGCUGCUCAACACGCUGACGAGAUCCGGCAAAGUUGGCGAGGCCCGGCGGGUGUUCGAUCGCCUGGACAAGCGCGACGUGGUGUCGUGGACGUCGAUGAUGGUGGCGUAUGCCUCGCACGGGUCGAGCCUGGAAGCCAUCGAUCUCUUCCAGGAGAUGCAGCUCCAGGGGAUGGAGCCCGACGAGGUGGCGUUCCUGGCCGUGCUCUUCGCUUGCAACCACGCCGGGUUCUUCCGCCGGGGAUGGGACUACUUCGCGAGCAUGCGCGGAGACUAUGAUCUGGAAGCUGGGGCCGAUCACUACUGCUGCGUGGUGGAUCUUUUGGGCCGAGCUGGAAGGCUGGCGGACGCCGAGGACUUGAUCGUUAGCAUGCCGUUCAAGCCCGACGAGGCCACGUGGUCAGCGCUGGUUGGCGCUUGUAACACGCACGGUGACGUGGAACGGGCCGCCAGGAUCUCGCGGGCGAUGGAGGCGGAGGAGCGGGCCGCCACACACGUGUCGCUGUGUAACACGUUCGUGGCUGCCUGAAUGGACCGGUUCAACAGCGACCGUUUUGCGCUGAUUAGCGUUUGGACGGGCCGGUCAACAUAGCAUUGACUAUGAAUGGAUGUACCGGUCAACAGCGACAGUUUGCGCUGACUAGCAUUGACUAGCAUCAAAAAGGAAGAUUUUAACUUUA